CGUUUGUUUGGUACAAUGAUCUCUUUAUUGAUACUCUCACCCUCUUGCAGCGUGACCUGGAUUUUUCACUUUUUCUCAACCUUGAGGAACGCAUUUCCCGAGCGCCCCCGCGCGCAGCUCCUCAGCAGCACCUCUGUCAUUUCACAUCGCGUCUCUGCACUUUAGGAGGAAAAAAAACACGGAAUCUGAUCUUCACUUUCAGACACGUCCUGCAAAAAAUGCUUGACCUCCCUGUGGCUUUUAUGCUUCAGUAAUGAUUAACCUGAACAGUCGGUUAAUCUGUGGUAUCGUCGCUCUCUUGGCUCGACAAAGGGACUAAACCUGGUGCUUUUUACGCACAAGGUCAAAACUGAAACGAGCCAAAACGAGUUUUGUCUGUUAGUCAGGUGAAAUUUAACGCGAUAGAAAAUGAAAGUGAGUUUAGAGAAGAGGUGAGCGACGCACAGACAACACACCUGACGCAAGGACGGCAGUAUGGACUCAGUUGAUGAAGACCGUGUGUCCGUGCGCAGUAACAGUAAGACUCCUCUCGGCGUGGUGAAGUCUUUAAGGACGAGCAUCAGAAAAGCCGCCGCCAAAAGUCCUCUGUCCCCGAACAGUAAAGGGUCAAAGGUCAAUGGGGAUCCAACAUGUCCGCCACCUUCUCCAAAGAGCUGUCCUUCGGGUGAAAGUAUGGACUCAGUUGAUGAAGACCGUGUGUCCGUGCGCAGUAACAGUAAAACUCCUCUCGGGAUGGUGAAAACUUUAAGGACGAGCAUCAGAAAAGCCGCUGCAAAAAGUCCUCUGUCCCCGCUCAAUAAAGGGUCAAAGGUCAACGGGGAUCCAACAUGUCCGCCGCCUUCUCCAAGUCCCAGUGCUGUGUCUCCUUUGAAGAACGUGACCUUUUUCCAAAAAAAUGAUCUGGACUCUCCAUCUCCAAAGACCAAAGGACUGUCACGCUCAAGUACAGAUCCAAACUUGGGCUCUAACUCGCUGCUGCAGAGAGGGGCUCAGAUCAGGCGUAGUUUAUUUGGGACAAAGAAGGAGAGGAAAGAUGUGACAGAGACGAAGGAAGAGACGAAGGACGAGACGAAGGUCGAUGAGGAAGAGGAGAGAGAAGACGAAGAGCCUGGAAACGAGGAGGUGGACGAGAUGUACACUCUGCCCGAGCUGCCCCACACGCCGCUGUCUGUGAUGCAGAUUAAUAAGCUGAUCGAGAACGAGGUUUUGGAGGAGGCCUACAUGAACUUGUUGGCUCUGCGUGUGGAGUUUCAAACUGAAGUGUCUCAAAGUGGAGCCUGUGGCUCUGUGAAUCUGUCCAAAAAAGAGAAGGAUUUAAACCUGCUGUACACAGAGCUCAAAGCCAAAGUCUGCACCAUUGUACGCGACUCCAACUCUCUGCCCGCCAGAAAUAAGAAGUUGCUUGAAUUCGUGGCUCGGAUCAUUCAGGAGGAGGAGCGACGGGCCUCAGAUCUGGGUGAUUUCCAUGAGAGCUGGGUGGACAUCUGGAAGUCUGCCAUCCAAGAUGGAGUCAGGACCAAAGUGGCCCAGGUCCAACUGACCACCCAGGACCAGAACCAGUCCUGGCUGGCGGUGCACUUGGGGAUUCUGGGUAAAACGGUGGUCUCGGACUUGGAGGUGGUGAGGAGGGAGCUGAGGUGGUCCUACCCACGCAGCUUUAAGGUGUUUAGUGAAUAUGUGAAGAGUUAUAACAGAGUGUUGGGACAGCACGUGAUGAGACUGGAGACGCAGACCACAGAAGUAAAGGACAUACUCGCUCUGCUCAGCUGGAUCCUCAACAGAUACAAGAGUGAGGUUCUGGGACAUGUGUCUUUCCAGGUGGACAUGACAGACCUGUCCACGGACCUGGACCUGGAGCCGGGAUUCAUAUCUCGGCUCAAAGACAAAUACUGCACCAAAGUCCAGGAGCAACUGCGAGUGUCUCUGAGUAACAUCACAGACCUGGAGCAGAAAGAGUUCUGGAGCGUCCAAAAGGAGCCAGAGACAGAAGAGGGCGCUCUCAUCUCCGACAUGCACAUGGACAUCUGGACUCUUGUGAAAGGCUUUGUGACCCGGACCAGAGACAUAGAGCCAGAGCUGGAGCAGAGGGUCACCUGCUGCUGCCUGAUGGAGAUAAAACACUUCCCCAAAAGAUUUGAGUUGGAGUUCAGACGUCACUGUGAUGUCCUCAAACCUCAGCCCAUCUGGACUCAAUACCUCAUCACCUACAUCAACUCCUUCAGCACUUUACUGGAGCACAUGGAGGGCUACAGACUGUCAUGUCCCUCUGAGGUGGAGGCUUUGGCCAAAGAAGUAAAGUGGUUCAACAUCAGACUUCUCCAGGAGCUGCAGGACCAGUUCAAGGACAAUGUGAAGAUUCCCUUGAGGAGAAUGAUGAGCAGAAAAUGGCUUACGAAUGAUGAGGACUUUAAGGAGCUGUACCAGAGAACAGAGGAGUUGUCUCAGCACUGCUCCGUCCUACAGGAGCUGCACAGUCAGGAGCUAGCCAGCGCCCUGCACCUCCACGUUAGUCGGGAGUACCUGGGCCAGAUGAUGAAGAGUAACUAUUCGUGUAAAAACAGGAAGCACGAGAAAGCGGCCAAUAAGAUCCGAGCGCAGUGGAACCAGCUGCAGGAGCUCUUCAGGAACAUGGAAUCGCGUCAUGAGUGGCUGUAUCCAGUAGGUGGCGCUGUGUGUGACAUCAUUGGACAGAAACACGCAUCCGAAAUCAAAAACCACCUCAGCCCCGUAGUACAACACUGUCCAGACUUUGGGAGGAAGCACCUGGUGGCGGUGCUGUAUUUUCGAGGUCUGGUUCGAGGCCGUGAUCAUCGUCAGAUUCUGCAAAACCUGUGUGAGCUGAAGAAAAAAGCUCCAGCUCCCAAUAAAGAACGACUUUUAUUCAGCGAGAUGCAAGUGACCAUGAACCAGGACUGUCUCUCCAACCUGCCGUACUCCUGCCUCAGCCUCUGCAUACCCCAAAACUAGACCUGGUUUACUCCUGGUUUAGACCUGGUUUAGUCCUGGUUUAGACCUGGUUUAGACCUGGUUUAAUCCUGGUUUAGACCUGGUUUAAUCCUGGUUUAGACCUGGUUUAAUCCUGGUUUAGACCUGGUUUAAUCCUGGUUUAGACCUGGUUUAAUCCUGGUUUAGUCCUGGUUUAGACCUGGUUUAGUCCUGGUUUAGUCUCUAUUUAAUCUCGGUUUAAGCCUGGUACUCUACACCUGCCUCGGCCUCUUCAUACCCCAAAACCAGACCUGGCUUAGUCCUGGUUUAGUCCUGGUUUAGACCUGGUUUAGACCUGGUUUAAUCCUGGUUUAGACCUGGUUUACUCCUGGUUUACUCCUGGUUUACUCCUGGCUUAGUCCUGGUUUAGUCCUGGUUUAGACCUGGUUUAGACCUGGUUUAAUCCUGGUUUAGACCUGGUUUAGUCCUGGUUUAGACCUGGUUUAGACCUGGUUUAAUCCUGGUUUAGACCUGGUUUAGACCUGGUUUAGCCCUGUUUUAGACCUGGUUUAGUCCUGAUUUUGUCCUGGUUUAGACCUGGUUUAGUUCUGGCUUUGACCUGGUUUAGUCCUGAUUUUGUCCUGGUUUAGACCUGGUUUAGUCCUGGUUUAGACCUGGUUUAGACCUGGUUUAGUCCUGGUUUAGUCCUGGUUUAGACCUGGUUUAGACCUGGUUUAGUCCUGGCUUAGGCCUGGUUUAGUCCUAAUUUUGUCCUGGUUUAGACCUGGUUUAGUCCUGGUUUAGACCUGGUUUAGACCUGGUUUAGUUCUGGUUUAGUCCUGGUUUAGACCUGGUUUAGUCCUGAUUUAAUCCUGGUUUAGGUGAUUUAGGUUAAUCCUGGUUUAGUUCUGGUUUAGUCCUGGUUUAGACCUGGUUUAGUUCUGGUUUAGUCCUGGUUUAGGUGAUUUAGGUAAAUCCUGCUGCUCUACUCCUCCUCAGUCACAAAACUCGACACCUGGUUUAGUCCUAGACGACUUGCUCAACUUGUGUCCUUCAGUAAAUAGGUUGUAGGUACAAUUCCCUGAUCACUCCUAAUGUUUAUCCUUUGAAAUGACGUAAAUAUUAAAUUCAAAACAUUAUGAAUACUAGUUUUAUAAAUUCAAGCAAGAGAGUGUUUUUUCUGUUGUAUAGAAUAAGUGAGUAUAUGAUAUGUACUUUCUACAAAAUAAACUGAAACGGUGUAGCCACAGCUUGCUGCACCCACCCAUACUUUUAAAAUGUAAUAUAUUGUUUUUAAUAAAUGUAAUAAUGAUGAUUGACUCAGGGCAUUUAGGUACAAAUCCUCAUCGUGUUGUAUAUUAUUUGGAUAAUAAAGCUAUUUUACUGAACCUUAUCAGCAUUUUGCAGAAUUUCCUCUUCUGCUAAUCUGCUAGCCGCCGCGUUCCACAUGAGAAGUGGUCAUGGGCUGAGCUUCCGGCUCCAUCAACUCUGGCUCCAAUUCACUUUACACUGAAAAAUUGUCACCCCUCUCUCUGUAACUGCUGCAGUGACCGUCAUUUUGAUCUUAAAUGUUCGUAUUAACUCGCUCUACAUGAUCCUGGUGUUUUUAUUUCUCUAUUGUGUCUGUAAAUCAAGAUAUAAACAUUAAUAACAACAGGUUUGAUUGACAGCGUUGCGACGGCCCGCUCCCUGUUAAACCAAGGACGUUACCUUCAACAGCCUCGCUCCUGAUUGGCUCUUUGGUUGCUAUGAUACUCGCCGUCAAAAUUACGAAUAUGGAACUCGACUCUAAAUUGCCCCUUAUAACUGCUCUAGCCUCGACGAGCUUCAUUUGACUGGAGCUGAACGCCGUGGGUGACGUCACAUUUCUUUAUAGUUCACUUCCUUGUACAGUCUGUGUUUAGGACUUAAAAAGGACAAAGCAGAAUUCAGAAUCUCUGUGAGGGUUUUCCGUCUGGAACCAAACACGAUCGUCCAAUCAGCUCUGUUUAUUCCAGUGACGCAUGUGAAACAAAGGAGCUCAUUGGUCACCUAUCAUUUUCAAAACAACAUGACUUUUCUCAGAUUAACAGUUUAGUGCUUCGCUCACUGAUUCUGGAGGAAUCUGGGAUGUUUUUCAGUACGGGGUGAUAUUUUCUUUUCCUCAUAAGCAGCCAUAUUUGUUUUGAUACAGACGGACCAUGCGUCUCCCUGAUUGGCUAACGCUCCUGUCAAUCACACCAAUCUGAACUCGGGGAGAUUCAUGGAUGACCAGACUCACAUCGCUAUUAGAUGAAGAGAAGUGUGUAUUCUGGAUCAUGGGCAAAUAUCUGGUGGAUUAACCCUCAUGGUAAUAAAACGGAAAAGACAUCAGAGAAAGACUGAACAAAAUGCCCCUAAAAGAAAAUGGUAUUCUGCAGAGUCUGAUGAAGCCACGCAGACUCUCAGGAAAGAUAGAAGAGAGUCCUCCCAAUGUAUGUGUGUGUGAGGCGGGUCUUCUUCUGGUCUUCAUGGUGUUACAUAUGAAGAAACUUUAGGUGACGUCGGACAAGCUGAGUGUUUUAUGACGCUCUCAAAGUGCGGGUCACACAUUUCUGAGAUGUGGAUACAGAUAAGAAGUGGCUUUAAUCAAAAGACCACAACAUACUGUAGCUGUUAUUUUAUUGUCCACAGUUCUUGUAUUUUCCCACGCUGGUCUCCAUAGUGUCCUGGUGAUCCCUCAUGUAUUCCAUAUCCACUGGUGAGCACGUGUUAUUUACUUUAGUGUUAGUAAAUCAAGAUACCAGUUUGGAGUAGUGCUGCACUGCUAGAAAAUACCUUACACGUGCUGUACUGAUAUUCAGGCUGUUGUUCUCUAUUUUAUUG